AUGGUCACAGAUGAGCCUGGGGGAGAGGUGAUAUAUGCGUUGUUAUGGGUGAGCUCAGGGGGGUUCAUAUUGACCAUACUCGUCGCUACUGACCAGCGGCUGCACAGUUCCUUCAUCUCUCCUUACACUCUGUCUUUGUUUGUUCCCUUGACUCGGGGCGGAGCAGGAGGGCGCAACAGGGGGCGGGUGGGGGUGAUGGAGCACAGGGAGCGGCACAAGGGCAGCUUUGACAUCUGCCACAUCAAGGACGCGGCGGGCCACCAGUUCGCCACGCGCCUCACCAACGUCUUCCUCAUCGGCCAAGGCGCCAAGCCCUGGCUCUUGCUUGAGCCGCUGCUGCUGUUGUGCAGGUCUAUGCUUCCCUUUGGCUUUCAGUAUCUGGGUCUACUUGUCGACGCUGCAAGCUUCCUUCUACUGUCACCCAUCAAUUUCCCUCGACUGCGGAGGCUCGAAACCGUUAUCAUGGAAGAAGUCACGGGAUUGCGCGACCUAAUCGAGUCGCUUGAGCAUCUGUGGCGUCUCAAGACUCUGGUUAUCAAGAGCUGCAGCGAUAUCACGUCUCUCUUCCGCCUGCCUUCACUCACCAGUCUCACCCUUGACACGUCACACCUUUCGGUUCUGCCUGACGAGUUUGGACGCUUGUCACAGCUACGAACACUCAUGCUGGACCUGAGGAGUAGCACAAUCCUUCUUCCAGAUUCCAUCGCUCUGGUUACCACACUGCAGGAGCUUUCCUUGCAUAAUAUCUGGAACCUGACAUGUCUGCCCGAGGAGUUCGGCCAACUGCUUUCUUUGGAGAAGCUGUGCCUAAAGUGCUUUCCACAUCUCACACACCUGCCCAAAUCCCUCGGGCAGCUGACAGUUCUACGGGAGCUGAAAAUAGUGGAGUGUAGGCAGCUGCAGCAGCUCCCAGACUCCCUGUCGCAGCUAUCUUCUCUCGAGCACCUGGAGAUUGCCAAGUGUCCGAAUAUCAAGGUGCUGGAAGAUGACAUGGGGAACGGCCUGCACUGCUUGCGUCAUCUGCUUCUGCUGGAGUGCACGGCUCUCACCCACCUCCCUCCAUCCCUCUCCUGCCUGACGGCUCUCGAAUCCCUUAAGGUUAUGGAAGCCAUACGCUUGAAGGGCACGUUUCUAGAGGGCUUCUGUUGCUUGACAAGCCUUAAGGAAUUGGUUAUCCAAGACAUGCCCCGCUUAUCUGCCCUUCCUGCCUCCUUCUCUGGCGUUUCUUCACUCACCAGCCUGGAACUGAAUAAUUGCCCUAAAGUGACGGUCUUUCCUGAGGGGAUCGAACGGCUGGAGGCACUCCAGGUGGUCAAGAUCCCCCGGAUGAAGGGCUUGAAUCAUCUCCCUGCGUCACUUGUUAGGCUGCCGGGGCUGCAGGUGUUGGAGGUGCGGGGAUGUGGUGGGGUUGGCGCACUGCUAGGGGAUGAGAUAGUGCUUAAGCGCAUUGACUGGGGUUAUGUGGGGGUCUCCAACAGCAACGCCACCAGCAGCAGUACCAGUAGGGCAUUGCUUCCAUCCCUCCAUAGUCUCAAAAUGAAGUCUCUCCCUUUCUAUACCCUCAGUCCGUCCCUUGGCCAGCUAUCCUCUCUAACGAAGCUGAAGCUUCUAGAGAUGUACAGCCUUGUAUCUCUCCCUGAAACCAUCUGUCAACUCUCGCGUUUGAAAACACUCCGGAUUGAUUCGGCGAUGCGGUUGGAGGCGCUGCCUGACAGCUUGGGAGGGCUCUCAGGGCUGCGGAUCUUGAAGCUAGUUCACCUCAUUACGAUACGGCACCUGCCCGAGUCUUUUGGGCAGCUGAAAAGGCUUGAAACGCUGGAGAUUAUUGACUGCUACAAGCUGAUGCAGCUGCCAGAAUCCUUUGCCAAUCUGUCCAAGUUGCAAUCCUUACCAGAGUGCUUCUCGAAGCUGCCUAGGCUGCAGGUGCUGCGGGUGAUUGAAUGCAAGAAUCUGACUCGGCUGCCGUCUUCUAUCCGGCUAAUGCCGUUGUUGCGCGUGUAUGAUAUCUGUGAGUGCCCUUUGCUCUCAGAGCGAGACAGGAGGGGGAUUCCUGCAAGGGUAGGCGAGGAGGAUGGGGAGGACGGAGAGGGAGUGGCAAUUGCUGGGGGAGAGGAGGCACAGGGUGAGGAGGGAGGAAAUGCGAUAGUGGAAGGGCUAGAAGCGGACAGGGAGGCAGUAGAGGAGGCUGAGGGUGGGGAGGGAGGAAAUGCAGUGGUGGAAGGACAAGAUGCGGACAGAGAGACAGCAGAGGAGGCAGAGGGUGAGCAGGGAGGAAAUGCAGUGGUGGAAAGGCAAGAGGCGGACAGGGAGGCAGCAGAGGAGGCUGAGGGUGAGGAGGGAGGAAAUGCGAUGGUGGAAGGGGAAGAGGCGAACUGGUGGGAGGAGGAGGAAGAGAGUAGUGGUGGUGAGGAUUGGGAUGUUUGGCAUGAGUAUGGCAUGGACAGUGAUGAUGACAGGGACGAUGGGGGAGGCUGGGUGGGGUGUACGCGCCUGGAAGAUCUCGAUCUGCAUUUGUCGGAUCUUGCUGCUGACAUUCCCACGUCGAUCGACCGACUCACAUUGCUCAGAAAAUUGAGACUCAAGGCAAGCGUCAAGCGUCUUCCGAGCACGUUCACCUCGUUACAAGCUCUAAGAAGCCUCGUGCUGAAUAAUUCUUGGCUCGAGGUUCUUCCUCCAGAUUUCGGCAAUCUGGUUUCUCUAACGUCUUUGGAGCUGAAUGCGUGCCGCUUGGGGUCACUCCCAGGAUCUUUCGGUCAACUUGUUGCUCUGAACCGUCUUCUAUUGCGUUGCGACUUGAUAUUGCAGCUGCCUGCCUCUCUUACUAAUCUGUUUUCCCUCGUCACACUUGAGAUUCGAGGAAGCGAAAUUCGUCUACCGUCGCGCGUUGAUUUUGGUGAGCUGCAGAGCCUCGAAACCGUAGUAUUAGAAGGCGUGGCGGGAAUGGGGGAUCUGAUAGAGGCUCUCGAGCACUUGAAGCGGAUCAAAACUUUAACCGUCAAGGGUUGCUAUGACAUCAAGCUUCAGACACUCGUGCUGGACCUCUCGGGAUUCACAGCCUUCCCUGAUUCCAUCGCUCUGGUUACUACACUUCGAGGUCUUUCCCUUAAGAAUUUCCAAGGAAUGACAUCUCCGACUGUCGAGUUCGGCCAUCUGGUUGCAUUGGAGAAGCUGUACCUGAAGUGCCUUCCACAUCUCACUCACCUCCACGAAUCCCUCGGGCAGCUGAAAGUUCUACGGAAGCUGAAAAUAGUGGAGUGUAGGCAGCUGCAGCAGCUCCCAGACUCCCUGUCGCAGCUAUCUUCUCUCGAGCACCUGGAGAUUGUCAAGUGUUCGAAUAUCAAGGUGUUGCCAGAUGACAUGGGGAAUGGCCUGCACCGCUUGCGUCAACUGCUUCUGCUGGAAUGCACGGCUCUCACCCGCCUCCCUCCAUCCUUCUCCGGCCUCACGUCUCUUGAAACCCUCAAGAUUUACUUUUCGUCACACUUCAGGGGCGCCUUGUUAGACGGCUUUGGCUGCUUGAAGAGCCUCAAGGAGCUGUCACUCCAGCACAUGGCACGCUUAUCCGCCCUCCCUCCCUCCUUCUUGGGUGUUUCUUCGCUCACAAGCCUGGAACUGAUCAAUUGCCCUAAAAUAACGGUCCUGCCAGAGGGGAUCGGACGGCUGAAGGCGCUCGAGGUGGUCAAGUUUGGACGGUUGAACGGCUUGAAACGUCUCCCUCCGGCGCUACUUGAGUUGCCGCGACUGCGGGUGUUGGAGGUGCGGGGAUGUGAAGGGCUGGACGUGGUGCUAGGGGAUGAGAAGGAGCAUGAAUGUACCGCUGGUGGUUAUUUGCCCAGCAACAGCAACAGCAACAGCAGCAGCAGCAGCAGCACACUGCUUCCAUCCCUUCAGAGACUGAAAGUUAGGUCUAAAGAUGUGGAGUCCUUCGGUCCAUCCCUUGGUCGCCUCUCCUCUCUGACGCAACUGAAGCUCCUGGGGAUGAACAGACUUGAUUCCCUCCCUGACUCCAUCUCUCAACUCUUGCAGCUGCAAAGGCUGAAAAUUGAUUCGUCCUUUAUUCUGAAAUCACUGCCGGAGACCCUUGGAAGGCUUGCAGGGCUGCGUGUCUUGCAGCUGGUGUACCUCAUCUCAGUGCGGCGGCUGCCCGAGUCUCUCGGGCAGCUGAAGAAGCUUGAAAAGCUGGCGAUUAUCGAUUGCUUCAAGCUGAAGAAGCUUCCAGAGUCGUUUGUGAACCUAUCGAAGCUACGGACCUGCACUCUUGUCAAGGUCGGUAUCUUCACCAUUCCGGAUGACUUCUGGAAGCUGGCUUCCCUCCAGAAGUUGCUGCUUAUGGGACUGAAGCUUGUGCGAAGAUUGCCGGACUCGUUCACUCGGCUGCCUAAGCUUGAGGAGUUGGAGGUGUCUGCGUGCACGCAGCUGACCCGUCUCCCGUCUUCUCUCAGGAAGAUGGCGAUGCUGCGUGUGUGCAACAUCCGUGAGUGCCCUCUGCUCUCCCAGCGAGAUAUGAGAGGGUAUCGCCAUGACAGUGACAAUGACAUUGACUUCAUAGGAGGAUGGGAUGAGCUUCUUGACAAUGACUAG